CCCUGACAGGUCUGUAUACGAUGGAGAAGAGCACAGCACGUUCAUGGAGAAGCUGGAAGCUCGCAUCCGCAACCACGACCGUGAGAUUGAGAAGAUGUGUAAUUUUCACUACCAGGGAUUUGUGGACUCCAUCACGGAGCUUCUGAAAGUGAGAGGCGAGGCUGAGAAACUGAAGAAUCAAGUAACAGACACUAACGGAAGACUGCAGGUGGAUGGAGCCGAGUUAUUAUCCACAAUGAAGGAGCUUCAGCAAUGCCGGGUUCAGCAGAGAAACAUCGCUGCCACAGUGGACAAGCUAAACCUAUGUCUGCCUGUUUUGGAAAUGUACAGCAAAUUACAAGUGCAGAUGAAAACUAAAAGACAUUACCCUGCAUUGAAGACUUUGGAACAGCUGGAGCACACUUACCUGCCUCAGGUUAGUCACUACCGUUUCUGCCAGGUCAUGGUGGACAACAUCCCGAGACUACGUGAGGAGAUCAAAGAGGUGUCCAUGUCCGACCUGAAGGACUUCCUGGAAAGCAUCCGCAAGCACUCUGAGAGGAUUGGAGAGUUCGCCAUGAAGCAGGUGAGGAGA